AAUCUUGUGGUUUUCGUUCAUUUACUAACCUCAAGAUUUGUGACUCGAAAUUCUGUCUUCAAAUUCCCACAUUCUCCUUUGAACUCGUGUCCGCCAAACGUUCUUCAUAUAUAGAAAUUGAUCCACACAAUUAUAGCUUGCGAUUUCCAUUAAUUAUUGGCAUCUCCAUUGAAGAGGAUCCAAUAAAACAGAUCCAUCUUUUGAUUCUUGAACAAAUUGCAACUUUUAGUUUAUAGAGAGGAGAGAAAUGGAAGAGCGCAGCAAUUCUCAGAUGAAGAUUGAAAAGGGGGAUUAUGGUUACGUUCUUGAAGAUGUUCCUCAUCUGACUGAUUAUAUUCCUGAUCUCAAAACUCACCACAAUCCAAUGCGAUUCAAUCCUGCGUAUUCAGUUGUAAGGCAAUAUUUUGUUGAUUAUGAUGAUACUGUGCCAGAAAAGGUUGUUGUCCACAAGGAUAGUCCAAGAGGAGUACAUUUUCGAAGGGCUGGACCCCGCCAAAAGGUUUAUUUUGCAUCAGAUGAGGUGCAUGCUUGUAUCGUAACAUGUGGUGGUUUGUGCCCUGGGUUAAAUACAGUGAUUAGGGAAAUUGUAUGUGCCCUUUAUCACAUUUAUGGCGCUACCAGAGUUCUUGGGAUUGAUGGAGGAUACAGAGGUUUCUACUCAAAAAAUACCAUAACAUUGACACCCAAAUUUGUGAAUGAUAUCCAUAAACGCGGUGGUACAAUUCUUGGUUCCUCUCGAGGGGGUCAUGAAAAAUCAAAGAUAGUUGACAGCAUUCAGGACCGUGGUAUCAAUCAGGUUUAUAUAAUUGGAGGUGAUGGAACUCAAAAAGGUGCAGCCGUUAUUUAUGAAGAAAUCAGACAACGUGGGAUUAAAGCUGUUGUGGCUGGGAUUCCGAAGACAAUUGACAAUGACAUUGCGGUCAUUGACAGGUCAUUUGGUUUUGAUACGGCCGUUGAAGAGGCUCAAAAAGCCAUUAAUGCCGCACAUGUUGAGGCAGAGAGUGCGGAAAACGGCAUAGGGGUAGUUAAACUAAUGGGGCGCUACAGUGGGUUCAUUGCAAUGUAUGCAACUCUUGCAAGUCGUGACGUGGAUUUAUGUUUGAUCCCGGAAUCGCCUUUCUAUUUGGAAGGUGAAGGCGGGCUUUUCGAAUAUGUAGAGAAACGACUUAAGGAAAAUGGGCACAUGGUUAUAGUCGUAGCAGAAGGAGCCGGUCAAGAGCUUGUUGCACAAAGCCAUUCUACAGUCGCAAAAGAUGCUUCAGGGAACAGACUACUUAAAGAUGUUGGGAUGUGGCUUUCUGAGAAAAUUAAGGCUCACUUUGCAACUCGCAAAUCCUUGCCAAUUACUCUUAAAUACAUUGAUCCCACUUACAUGAUCCGUGCGGUUCCAAGUAAUCCGGCCGACAAUAUUUACUGUACUCUCCUUGCUCAAAGUUGUGUUCAUGGAGCCAUGGCGGGUUACACCGGCUUUAUUAGUGGGCUUGUGCAUGGUCGACAGACUUAUAUUCCGUUUAGUCGUAUAGUGGGUCAUCAUAACACAGUUGUGAUUACGGAUAGGAUGUGGGCGCGAUUGCUUUCAUCCACGAAUCAGCCGAGCUUUUUAAGACCACAAGAGGUGAUUGAAUUCCAGAAAGCGGAAGAACAACACUAUUUAGCGACACAUGCGUUGGAUGGAGAAAACAGCAGCAGCAGUUCAGGAACAAGUGCUGAAUGCACCAGUCUGUUCAGAUGCUUAAGCUGCAGCUAGCGACUGGUUUAACAUUUGAUCGCUAAGCGCCUAAACGGCCUCUAUUCAAUAAUAAAAAGGAUUUAUCGCUCAUUUGUACUUGUCUUUUUGU